AAGCCUUUUUACGCUCGCACUAUAACAGACGGUGCCGAGUUAUCAUAAAUUCAACAAAACACCAUUUUUAGAAAAAAAAGUUUAAGCCAUAAAUCAACAACAAUGAAUACUGCUGGUCAGGUUAUUCGCUGCAAAGCUGCGGUUGCAUGGGAAGCUGGAAAACCUUUGGUAAUUGAAGAAGUGGAUGUUGCACCUCCACAGAAACAUGAAGUUCGUCUCAAGAUUCUCUUCACCUCAUUGUGCCACACUGAUGUUUACUUCUGGGAAGCUAAGGGACAAACACCUUUGUUUCCUCGAAUUUUCGGACAUGAAGCUGGAGGAAUUGUGGAGAGUGUAGGUGAAGGUGUUACAGAUCUUCAACCAGGAGAUCAUGUUCUUCCUGUGUUUACCGGAGAAUGUCAGCAAUGCCGUCACUGUAAAUCAUCAGAAAGCAACAUGUGUGAACUCCUAAGAAUAAAUACAGACAGGGGAGUUAUGAUUAGUGAUGGUCAAACAAGAUUUUCCAAGGAUGGAAAGCCGAUAUACCACUUUGUUGGAACUUCCACUUUUAGUGAAUACACUGUUGCUCAUUCUGGUUGCGUCACCAAGAUCGAUCCACAGGCACCACUUGACAAAGUUUGUGUCCUGAGUUGCGGAAUAUCAACAGGACUUGGUGCGACUCUGAAUGUUGCCAAACCUACUAGAGGUUCUUAUGUGGCUAUUUUUGGUUUGGGAGCUGUUGGCCUUGCUGCUGCUGAAGGAGCUAGGCUAGCUGGGGCUUCUAGGAUCAUUGGUAUUGAUUUGAAUCCCAGCAGAUUCAAUGAUGCCAAGAAAUUCGGUGUCACAGAGUUUGUGAAUCCAAAAGAUCAUGAUAAGCCUGUUCAGGAGGUGAUCGCUGAGAUGACCAAUGGAGGUGUUGACCGGAGUGUCGAGUGUACUGGAAAUGUUAACGCUAUGAUCUCUGCUUUUGAAUGUGUUCAUGAUGGUUGGGGUGUGGCUGUGCUUGUUGGCGUGCCAAACAAAGACGAUGCAUUCAAAACUCAUCCCAUGAACCUGUUGAAUGAGAGGACACUCAAGGGCACCUUCUUUGGUAACUACAAGCCCAAAACUGAUCUCCCAUCUGUGGUGGCCAAGUACAUGAAUAAGGAACUAGAGCUGGAGAAGUUCAUCACCCAUCAAGUACCAUUUUCAGAGAUCAACAAAGCAUUUGACAUUAUGCUGAAAGGGGAAGGCCUCCGUUGCAUGAUCACUAUGGGACGUUGAAAUAUGCUAAAUAGGGAAAAUAGGACAGUAUAUUACCUAGUAAUAUAGAGCUUGAAUGUAAUAAAACAAACGGUAUUUUAAUGGGUAAAAUAAUGUUAAAAGUAGAGUUUGGAGGCAAAGUAUAUGUUUUCUAAAAGGCCUCCUGAGUUUGCUCAACAUAUUGUGUAAUAAUAUUUGCAUAUUUUGAAAGACUUUUUGAGUUUUGGUCA